AGUUUAGCUCGCAACCCUGAGCGGCGCGGUCGUGUCUGUUAUCUUUAUUUCUCGAACGUAUAAACGAGUUCCCGGAGCUUAAUGAAAAUUUUAUGAAAAUCCAAAUUUAACAAUACCUACGUGUCGGCAUAGACUGUGUAAAGAUUUUUUUGUGUGUGGAUAUUUUUAAGUGCAAUGUAAACGAAAACAAGGUACAAAUGAUAAAAAGUGCAAUGUUGUGACAUCAGCCGACAAUGUUAACAGUUUAGUGUUGUGCGAGUGUCGAUGCGUUAUAUCGAUAAAAUGGCGCGGCUACUGUUGGCGCUACUGGUGCCCGCGCUUGCGAUUGCAGCGCCCACACCCGAUACGGACACGUGUAACCCGGACAAAAUGACCGUGUACCGGAUGGUUCUACAUACAUAUUGGACGAGAGAGAAGUUUCCGAAACACUAUCCGGAUUGGAGGCCGCCGGCUCAGUGGUCAAAAAUAUAUGGCGUGUCUCAUGACCGGUCGUACGUGUUAUUCCGGUUGGGACGACGCGUCUCGUCACCGGUCCGACAGUUCACCGAGACCGGACGGUCGGACGCGCUCGGGUCGCCGCCCGGCACUAUGGACGUUUUCGGUGCGCCGGCGAUCGCUCAAGGUGCGGGUAGAACGGAGGCGGAAUUCUUCGUUGACGGAAACCAUUCUAGGGUGUCCGUAAUGGCUCGAAUGAUACCAUCUCCGGACUGGUUUAUUGGGGUUGACAGUUUCGAUCUCUGUGUUGAUGGCAACUGGCUGGACAGCAUCACUAUUGAGGUGGAUCCUUUGGAUGCAGGCACAGACAAUGGAUUCACAUUCACCGCUCCCAACUGGCCCACCGCUCCCCAAGGCGUGGCCUACCGUAUCACGUCGAAAUACCCUUCACAUCCUGCCGGUUCAUUCUUCUAUCCGCAUUUGAGAAGACUACCGCCUAUCGCUACGUUCCAGUUUAUUAAGCUACGCGAGUAUGAACUAUCCGAAGUGUUCCAUCGAAGCAGCGACGAUCGAAGGUACGAUGUCCUUCAGUUAGACAAACUGAAUCACAACAGCAUCGACGUUUUAGACGGUAACCGAGCCCUUUCCAUUGCUGAAGAAGUGGAGAGGGCAGAAGCACCGAAAAUAUACGCUGAGGGUUCAUUGACAACGCCUGAUGGGGCGUAUUCUUAUUAUACUGUGGUAAACUCAACGUCAGCGACAACAGAAGAGCCUCGUUCAGCUAACGAGCUGCCUACUUCAGGACCUACAGCUAGCGAGCGGUCAGCGAUGCGCAGUUUGGCGCGCCGAUACAGAGCCCGCCGGCGUCGUAAGCUCAGAGCUGAUAACACCGAUCCAGCUGAACGAAGGAAGAGAAAAAGAACGAGGUUGCUAGACUGCCGCGUAUCAAACUGGGGCGAAUGGAGCCCUUGCCGCAGCGACGGCGGCUGCGUCGGCUCAGCGAUGCGCGUGCGUCGCAUCAUCCGCAGGCAACGGCCGGGCGGUGUCCCGUGCCCACCCACUACGCAAUCAAGAUGGUGUGCGACUAACUGCACUACGCAUGAAAACUGGCGUAAUAACCUUACGUAAUUCCAAAUUCAAAUACCAUUUGUUUUUUUUUUAUUCCCUAAUCAAUACUUGUUUUUUUAUACAUUUUUCAUGUUAAUUACUCAAACUUUUCAGAAUAGAACUUCCAUAGAUUUUUUUACUGAGAUAUUUAAUCUAGUAUUGUAUUGAGUAAACACUGGCUGUUAGCUCGAAAUUGCUUUAACUCGUGUUUUUAAUUUUUAAUAAAGUCCUUUAGCAUCUUUGUCUGUCCGUCCAAUUGUAUCGGUUCAUUUUCAUUAUUUUUGCGUAUAACCAUUGUUAUGGUAAUGAUGAGUCGCGAAUAUCAAUUGAUGAAAGUCUCGCAAGACAAUAGAGCUAAUGAAAUGUUUAUAACGCAAUUUGCAUUUACAAAACUGAUUUGACUGACAAUAAUGCCGCAAGAGCUUAACUGUAUUAAAAGGAAGAUCUAUUAUUAAAAAAAAAAUGGCUGCGUAAUAAUUACUUUUUGAUCUACGCUUAAAAGUAGACAAAAUGGAAGGAGAACUAUUUCAAAUAUG